UAGACCCAUGCGCGGGGGAAGGCGGCGACCAGUCAGUCAGUCAUUCCUGCCCCGACUGAGCUGCCAGACGGCUGCGGAGCCUUUACGCAUCUCGCCCACGUCCACUUUCACGCCACUUACAAGCACAAUCUCCACUCCCCUCCCUCCCUCACUCCUUCCCUCCGAGUGGAUUUAACGCAUCAGGUGGACAGAAGAACACUGGCGGAACCUCCGCCAGCAGGAGACACAAGACACAAAACACGAGAAGAAGAAGCGCGAUGGGAACCUUCAGGGUACUGCUGGGGACUUUGCACUACGUGGGACUGUGCGUGUCCACCAGGCACACGGGACACGGACACGCGGAGAACCACAUCAGCGGACACGCCAUGUUCACGGAGGUGCCUCAUGAUGUAACCGCUCAGAGGGGUCAAGAUGUGGAGAUGGCCUGCUCGUUCCGGGGGGCCGGCAUGCCCUCCUACUCUCUCGAGAUCCAGUGGUGGUACAUCCGGAACCAUAUGGACUGGACAGACAGACAGCCGUGGAAAACCAAUGAGGUAUCUCCAGAGGAGGAGAUGCCAAAGGAUGCUACAAAGAUAAGCGUAGUGAAGGUCGUGGGAAGUAACAUCUCCCACAAGCUCCGCCUCUCCCGCGUCAAGUCAUCCGACGAGGGCACUUACGAAUGCCGAGUCAUCGACUUCAGUGACGGAGAAGGGGCGCGCCACCACCGCGUGCGCGCCUACCUGCAGGUAGUAGCCGAGAGCGACAUCAUCACCAGAAACCAGUAUGACAACUUCCAGGUGCUGGAUGACACCAAAGGCAAUUCGGGGUUCGAGCAUGCUCACAGCCACCCCCAAAAUGAGGGGCGCUCCCAGGAGCACGGCAAGCGACUUUCCUCUGCCUCGCAGCACAGCCAUCCCAACGGCGGCAGAAAGCUGAGGAAGCGGGAUGUGGACAGUAACCAUAGCAACAAUGACUGCUCCAAUGAGCCCAGCUGCGGUGCUGUAAUCUGAUUGCAUCUGAAAAAAAAAUAAAAUAAAGCACAUUAGAUUGCAAUGUAUGAUGCGCAUAAAAGCUACACUUUACAAACAGUGCCAAACCCACAAUCUCAUACGCAGUAAAUGAUAACCUCGGCUUGUUGAGGGCUCUUUGCCGGGAAUGUGUAGCUUUCCUUUCUUAAAUCAGUUUUGUUUUGUGUCCGAUGUGCCCUUUUUCUAAAAUGACCCAUUUGAGUUCAUUUUACCUUGCAUGAAGUGGACACAAACCUGCACUCUCAAUCCAUU